CGGCCGGAGCCACCAGCCCGGCGGGCACAGCCCGAGUGACAAAGCCGAGGGGGCCCCAACCCGUGUCCCCCCGCACAGCGGCGGGCAGCGAGGCCAUGGCGAUGCUCCUGGAGCCCGGGAUGCAGAGCCUGCGGAUGGGUGCCAACGGCGAGCGGUGCCCGACACAGUCCCCGCCCGGCUCCCCGGGGACACCCCACGACAGCUGCAGCAUCGCCCCACUGACGCCUUCCCAGUCACCGAGGAGCGAGGCGCGUUCCCAGCAGACCCCGUCCUUCUCCGUGGUGGUGGCCAUCGACUUCGGCACCACCUCCAGUGGUUACGCCUUCAGCUUCACCAGCGAUCCCGAGGCCAUCCACAUGAUGAGGAAAUGGGAAGGGGGGGACCCGGGCGUGGCCAACCAGAAGACCCCCACCAGCCUCCUGCUGACUCCGGAGGGGACAUUCCACAGCUUCGGCUACACCGCCCGUGAUUACUACCACGACCUGGACCCUGAGGAGGCCCGCGAGUGGUUCUACUUUGAGAAGUUUAAGAUGAAGAUCCACAGCACCAGCGAUCUGACCAUGAAAACCGAGCUGGAAGCUGUCAAUGGGAAGAAGAUGCCGGCGCUGGAGGUGUUCGCCCACGCGCUGCGCUUCUUCAAGCAGCACGCGGUGCAGGAGCUGAAGGACCAGUGCCCGUCCCUGCCCGAGAGCGAUGCCAUCCGCUGGGUCCUCACUGUGCCGGCCAUCUGGAAGCAGCCGGCCAAGCAGUUCAUGCGGGAAGCGGCCUACAAGGCCGGGCUGGUGUCCCCGGAGACCCCGGAGCAGCUGCUGAUCGCCCUGGAGCCCGAGGCCGCCUCCAUUUACUGCCGGAAGCUGCGGCUGCACCAGCUGAUCGAGCUCAGCUGCCGCGCCCCGGCCAACGGGGCUGAGCGCCCCCACCCCAUCGAUUCCAGCUUCCGGCAGGCCCGGGAGCAGCUCCGGAGAUCCCGGCACAGCCGCACCUUCCUGGUGGAGUCGGGAGUGGGCGAGCUCUGGUCGGAGAUGCAGGCAGGUGACAGGUACAUCGUAGCCGACUGUGGCGGGGGGACGGUGGAUUUGACCGUGCACCAGAUCGAGAAGCCGCAGGGGACGCUGAAGGAGCUCUACAAAGCCUCGGGAGGUCCCUACGGGGCCGUGGGUGUGGACCUGGCCUUCGAGAAGCUUCUGUGCCACAUCUUCGGGGACGAUUUCAUUGCCACCUUCAAGGCCAAGCGUCCGGCGGCCUGGGUGGACCUGACCAUUGCCUUCGAGGCACGGAAGCGCGCGGCCGCCCCGAACCGCUCCAGCCCCCUCAAUAUCUCCCUGCCCUUCUCCUUCAUCGACUUCUACCGCAAACACCGCGGCCAAAACGUCGAGACCGCGCUCCGCAAGAGCAAUGUCAACCUGGUGAAGUGGUCAUCCCAAGGGAUGCUGCGGAUGUCCCCCGAGGCCAUGAGCGAGCUGUUCCAGCCAACCAUCACCCACAUCAUCCAGCACAUCGACACCCUCCUGAAGAAACCCGAGGUCCAAGGCAUCAAAUUCCUGUUCCUGGUGGGCGGCUUUGCCGAGUCGGCCAUGCUGCAGCGGGCGGUGCAGGCCGCCUUCGGCCACUGCUGCCGGGUCAUUGUCCCACAGGACGUGGGGCUGACCAUCCUCAAAGGGGCCGUGCUCUUCGGCCUGGACCCCGGCGUGGUGCGGGUGCGCCGCUCCCCGCUCACCUACGGCGUGGGGGUCCUCAACAAGUUCGUGGAGGGGAAGCACCCGCGGGAGAAGCUGCUGGUCAAGGAGGGCAAGAACUGGUGCACCGACAUCUUCGAGAAGUUCGUCACCGUGGACCAGUCGGUGGCGUUGGGCGAGGUGGUCCAGCGGAGCUACUGCCCGGCCCGGCCCGGCCAGCGCCGGACCAUCAUCAACAUCUACUGCUGUGACACCGAUGACGUGGUGUACAUCACCGACCCCGGCGUCAGGAAGUGCGGAACCAUCAGCCUGGAGCUGGGGGACGCGGGGGACGCAGGCCCAGCGCGGGGUCGGCGCGAGAUCCGCACCAGCAUGCAGUUCGGGGACACCGAGAUCAAGGUGACCGCCCUGGACACGCGCACGGCACGCAGCGUGAGGGCCACCAUCGACUUCCUGUCCAACUGA